AUGCUCACUGCGGCUGCUCACUAUGCCAAACUACACGGCGACAAUGCUCACAGAAUAGACAUGCUCCAACUGCGAGGAAUGGCUAUCCAGGAGGUCAAUCGCGCACUACAAGACCAUCGCUCAAGUGGAAGAGCGACCAGUGAUCGUAUGAUCGCUGCUGUUGGCAAGAUGGCGACGUACGAACUCCUUUUCGGUCAACGCGAUACCUUCCACACUCAUAUGACAGGAUUGCAACGCAUGGUCUCCUUACGAGGCGGACUUCAAGCGCUUGGUCUCAACGGACUACUCGAACGCAUUUUACUCUGGAUCGACGCAAACGCAGCCGACAUAACCGGAGGCCCUCUCUACUUCCCUCCAGCAGCCUUUUCUUCUUCCACGGGACAUCCAAGAGCAGACCGCAGACUAUUCCUUCUUGGACUCCAAGGACAAUCGCAAUAA